AUGGCCACCAGAAACAGCCUCCGCCGAGCCCUCCUCUACAUCCCUGGUUCCUCCCAGCGCUUCAUCGACAAAUCGCGCACCCUCACCGCAGACUGCGUCGCCUACGACCUCGAAGACAGCGUCACUCCGCACAUGAAGCCCGAAGCCCGCUCCCUGGUGCGGAGAGCCCUCGAUCAGCCCGCGCCGGCGGGAAUCCGCGAACGCGCCGUGCGCAUCAAUUCUGUCGAUAGUGGGAUGGCAUUGAGUGAUCUGACUGAAGUGCUCCAAUCGCCCAACCUCACCACGCUCGUCGUCCCAAAAGUCAACUCCCCCUCCGACCUCACCUUCGUCACGGACGUCAUCACACAUACCCUCUCUCAACAACAAUAUCAAGACGGACAGCAAACCCGCCCCCCUAUUUCCAUCCUCGCGCUCGUCGAAUCCGCCAAAUCCCUCACCAACCUGACCCAAAUCUGCACCUCCUCGCCCCUCCUGCAAGGCCUCAUCUUCGCAGCCGAAGACUUCGCCCUCGACCUAAGCCUAACGCGCACGCCAUCCCUGACCGAAUUCCUCUUCGCGCGGUCCGCGAUCGUAACAGCCGCGCGCGCAGCGGACCUCCCCUCGACGAUCGAUCUCGUCUGCACGACGUACAAAUCGGAUAAGCCGGGGCAGGCGCCGGAUGUGCUGCAAGAGGAGUGUCAAGACGGGAAAAGGCUCGGCUUUAACGGGAAGCAGUGUAUUCAUCCGACGCAGGUGGGGACCGCGCAGGCGGUGUUCGGGCCGGAUUUGGCCGAGGUCACCUGGGCGAUGAGGGUUGUUGUUGCGGAUGAGAAGGCUGCUGAGGCGGGACGGGGCGCGUGGACGCUGGAUGGGAAGAUGAUUGAUGUGCCUGUUGCUGGGAAGGCGAGGGCGAUUGUGUCUAAGGCGGAGGCGUGUGGGUUUGAUGUGGGGGCUUUAAGGAGGGAGUGGGCGGGUCAGGAGCCGGAGUAG